UUUUUUUUUGACAUUUUCUUUUGUUGUUCCUGUAAGGGACCACUAGAGGUAGCGCAAGUGUUCCUGGCUGAAAUUCCAGCAGACCCCAAACUUUAUCGACAUCACAACAAACUGAGGUUGUGCUUCAAAGAGUUUAUAAUGAGGUGUGGUGAAGCAGUGAAUAAAAACAAGCACCUUAUUACUGCUGACCAGCGGGAAUAUCAGCAAGAACUCAAAAAGAACUACGGGAAGCUAAAGGAGAACCUUAGGCCCAUGAUUGAAAGAAAGAUCCCAGAGCUGUACAAACCUGUAGUGAAAGUCAACAGCACAAGGGAAUCAUUUCGUAACCAAAGCUUCAGGAAGUAUGAUGCCCAGACUUCACAAAGCACCUAAGGACUAGCUGCUUCUGCCAAGGAAGAGCUUUGUGCCACAAGCCAGAAGUAUUCAACACCAGUGAAAUCAUAAAUCUCCUCAUACAGAACAGCAUGUGUGCUUUCUGGACAGCAUACAGAAAAGCAUUUACAUGUGAUCUCAGAAGACUCCAAAUCAUCUGUAAAUCAUGAGGGCUUGGAAUGGAGGAGUUGCUUUUUAGAUGCUUUUACAUUUAUUGUAAAAUAGUCGUGUAAUGCCAAGGAUGGAUGCCAUUGGAAGGGUCAGUGGUAUGAAACCAGUCACCACUGACAGACUCAGUGCCCUGUGAGUGUUGGCUGAAGCAUUGCAUGAAUCCAGACAAGAUGUCUACUGAGUGCUGAGGAAUGAUGUCUAUUUACUUUCCUUUUCCAAGACAGCAUUUAUCCUUGUCCACUUGGCAGGAAAGCACAUUCUGCAAGUUAAUCACAUGCUUAAAUGCUUUCUUAAUGACAGGGGACAUAGGUACCUGCUCAGUGUCCACUGAGCUGGAGCUUUAGGUAGGAAAAAUUCCCCUGGGUAGUUUCUGUCACCAGUUUCCAUCCCAGUUUUUAACUGCAGAGAGAGUUCUGCACAAAUUCUCUCACCAAAGCUCAGAAAGUAGGAAGUAGCAGCAAAGAAUUUUUACAGAUUUUUAAAAAAUGUUUAAAUGUAGAGACAGCUAUUUGACACACAGUUGGAUUUCUUAAUAAUUAAUGUCAUGUUUAGCAAAGCUAACAAGUAAUAGUUUAAAUAGAAGGCGCUAAGCUAUGUAACUUCUGUGAUUUUUAUUAUGUAAUGCUAUUAUGUAAAUAACCUUUUUCAAAGUCAACUACAACAGCACGCAAUGAGAAUUUCCUACAAUGCACUUACUCAGGCUUUACUGCAUCUUUGGAGAAAUUAGCACAUAAUUUAUGGUGCCUAAUGCUUAGAAUUUUCUGAGCCCUGGACAAAUAUGUUACUAAAUAAUCUUUACAGCACUUCUCUGAAGUAAGGAAAUAUUACUGCUAUUUUGCAGAUGGGGAUAAGGAUGUUGGUACGCAACAAGAGCUGUUAGGACUUCAGAACUCAUUUAGUGAGGCCACGGCAGAGUCACAGUUUGCACCGUGCUUAUUGUGUAAUGCUCAUGUUUUGAAAUAAAGUUCCCUUGAUAUUA